CUUCGCUUUCUUCGCUUCUCGCUGUUUUUGUUUUGAUUCCACCAAGCAAAGCAACUGCCGUGUCGUUGUGCAGUUUGUUUGUUUGUUUGUUUGUUUUGUCUGGUGUGACAUACAAGCACAUCGACUUGGUGCAGCUACACAAUGGAGCGUUCGUCGGCAACACCAGAUGCAAAGCAGCCGCUGCGCGCAUCCUUCUUGGAAAACUCUCCAAGACGGAAGCGCCAGCUGCCAGAGCCUGCAGCAGGAUGCGGCAUGCGGCGUGCGCAGUCGCUCUCCUUCCUUCCAGGAUCAGGCGCGCAGGGGUCACGGAGAAGAUUGCCAGAUCCAGGCCAGGGCCGUCUCAUUCAGCACAUUGCGGCAAAGCUGAAGGAGGAGUCGCUCGUCAGAUUAAAGGUUGCGAAAGAGCUGAAGGAGGAGAAACGGCUGCGGUGGCGGACGGAGGACGAGCUGGUGGCGACGCAGAAGGAAGUUGCCCGGCUCACACACCUCCUCAACGCAAAGACAGAGGAGGCGUCGGCGUUGUCGCGUGACCUGGCCGAGGCGCGGCGGCUGCACGACACGACUGCCGACCGUCUUGCCGAGAUGGAGAAGCAGCAGCACGCCAUCAACGCACAGCGCCAGCGGCUGGCAGCGGACCAGCGGCACCAUCAGGAGCAGGAGGCUGCGCUCGAGCAGGCGUAUGAGGAGCUUGAUGCGGAGCGGCGGGAGACGGCGCGGCUGCGCUGCAAAUACGACGCCCUCAUAUCCGCCAUCGACGACUUCCAGCCAGGCGCAAGCAAGGUGCUGCUUGAGAAAGUUGCGGAACAGGAGGUGUCACAGGCGAAAGCGCGAACGUUCAGUGCCGUCGACAUUUGAUGCAAGUGUGAUGGUGGUCACUGGCAUACCUACGCAACAAAGUGUUCAUUCUUGUCGUUGGUCUGCACUCGGCAGGUCACGCGCCACCAUUGUCACAUGCACUUCACUCUUCUCUUAAUCAAAUCCACAUUACCUGGUUUUCAUUGUCCGUUUCUCCCCCUUUAUCCAUUCCCGCCUGCUGUUGUCGAUGUGGUCAACAGCACUUUCGACACACACACACACACACACGUUGUUCCGCUGUGCAUACGCAUGUACACUCUCUCAAGCCCUGCUUCUCUUGUGUUCACUUGGCCACGUGUAUGCAUCUGCGUUUUGUUGCCGGUGUUGAUGAUGGACGGACUGUGCAUGGAUUCAAUUCGCGAGUUGUUGAGGUUUUGUUUACCUUUUGUCAAUAAACGCA